UGAUUUGUGUAAUUCAAGGCUCAUCUGUAAAAGAGACAUUGGUGUCAGUAUGACUCCCUGAUAAAAUAACGUUUAAAUUAAAUAUGACUCUGGCUUGCACAACCAAUCAUGAGAGGAGGGCGGUCGUCGUCUGAUGAUUCACCGUUGCUACGGAAACACAGAAAAGCUUUACCAGGAAAUAGCUGACAGGGAGUUUAUGACAAGUUAUUACAACUGGCUAAUACGUUAACACAAACUGUUAACUAAACAAGUAAAUAGUAUAUAGAAGUAGUAAUCAAUUAAAACUAUCGACGAUGCAUCCUAAACCCCUCGAAUCCGGUGAGGGGGAAGAAGAGAGUGGCGAGGAAUCCAGUAUGACCCUGCAAGCUGGAGAUGCAGAAAUAUUGCUGAACGCGAUGUUAACACCUUCCAGUAAACUAGAGGAGCCCCACCCGAUGAACUGCAGCCCCCUGCCGAACGUGGUUAUCGAAGGAGACUGUUGUGUGUCCUCACAUACAGAAUUCGACAAACUCAUACAAGCCCAACGACAAGAGAAAAAGGAAAAGGACUCGGGUCCAAGAAUGACAAAGACAUUUCUGAAGAACCACUGCAAGCAAAAUAAACUCUACAUGACACCUCGAUUGAAUGACACACUGUAUUUGCACUUCAAAGGCUUCUCCACCAUAGAGAAUCUAGAGGAGUACACAGGGCUGAAGUGUCUCUGGCUGGAGUGCAACGGACUGCAGCGCAUCCAGAACCUGCAGGCCCAAACGGACCUACGCUGCCUCUUCCUCCACCAGAACCUCAUACACAAUCUGGAGAACUUAGAACCACUCAGCAAGCUCUGCACCCUCAAUGUCUGCAACAACUACAUACACACCAUCGAAAACAUUGCCUGCCUGCCUGAUCUGGGCACUCUGCAGAUAGCCCAUAAUAAGCUGCAGACAGUGGGAGACGUGGAGCAUCUGAGUCAGUGCCUCUCCCUCAGUGUACUGGACAUGUCCCACAACCUGCUGGAUGACCCAGACAUCCUCACUGUGCUGGAGAGAAUGCCGGAACUGCGCGUGCUGAACCUGAUGGGAAAUGAAGUGAUAAAGAAAAUCCCAUACUACAGGAAGACUAUGAUCAUACGUCUCAAACAGCUCACGUACCUGGAUGACCGACCUGUGUUCCCAAAGGACAGGGCGUGUGCGGAGGCGUGGGGGACAGCGGGUCCGGAGGGGGAGCGCAGGGAGAGGGAAUCAUGGCAAACACGAGAGAGAAGGAAGAUCCAGGACAGUCUGGACGCCAUGGCAACCAUCAGAGACCAAGCCAUGGAGAAACUGCGACUCAGAGAGCUGCAAGAGAGAGGGGAGUAUGAGACCACUACAACUCCAGAAAUUGAGAGCCCCAGUGAAAAGAACCAGAGGCAGAAUCAGAGCCCGGGCAGGGAGGAGAGGAUCCAGGCGUUUGUGGAGGACAGUCUGGAGGCCCAUGAAGAGUUCCUACAGACACAGAGAGAACAGCCAGAAAAGGAAAAGCCAGGGAUUGAACAGCCACUGAAGAAGCAGCUAGAUAGAGAACAACUAGAAAGAGAGGAUCCGGAGGGAUAUCGGCUAGAGAGAGAGCACCAAGAGGGAGAUCAGCUAGAGAGAGAGCACCAAGAGGGAGAUCAGCUAGAGAGAGAGCACCAAGAGGGAGAUCAGCUAGAGAGAGAGCACCAAGAGGGAGAUCAGCUAGAGAGAGAGCACCAAGAGGGAGAUCAGCUAGAGAGAGAGCACCAAGAGGGAGAUCAGCUAGAGAGAGAGCACCAAGAGGGAGAUCAGCUAGAGAGAGAGCACCAAGAGGGAGAUCAGCUAGAGAGAGAGCACCAAGAGGGAGAUCAGCCAGAUGGAGAGUACCAAGAGGGAGAUCAGCCAGAUGGAGAGCACCAAGAGGGAGAUCAGCCAGAUGGAGAGCAAGCAACAGAAGAAAGCUUAAAGGAAGAACUGUUAGAGUUAAACCAGUCAAGGAGAGAACAACUACAAAGAAGGCAGCCAAAGAGAGAGAAGUUAGAGAGAGAACAGUCAGUAUGUGGCCAGCCACAGUCUCAGACAGCUGGGAGAAUUGUAGAGCACGGUCCUGGACCAAUGGUGACUGAGGUAGAGGAGACAGAGGACCUGGAGACCAUCCACCUGGGGCCACGCCCACCACUUCGUAUUGACGAUCUCCCUGACCUGGAGGAUGUGGAUGUUGAAGAUCCAGACAGCAUCUGCAUCUUCUCCUCUCAGCGAGUAUUCCGGCCAAUGAUAGAGAUCGUUUCAGGAGACAACAACGAUGUAGAUCCAAUCAUACAUCAGAGUGGGACAGUGUGGACCACAGAGACCACACCUACCCCAGGUCCAUGCUCAUCUUCACUGUUCAGGGUCUGUGACAAAACGUCAAACAAAUCGCCCACCAAUCACCUAGUAGCAUUGGACCCAGAGGCGGGGGAUGCCCCAGAGCUGGUGAUAUCAGAACCUGAGGGAGAACCCAGACAGAGGCAGAGCCCUGAAGCCAGCAAACCAGGUUGUCUCAUUGAGGAGCUGGACUAACCCUGCAGAAGGCUGUGAUAGCAUUAACAACACUAGGUUUAGGUGUUAAAUCUGGGAAAGCCUUGUUUUGCUGAAGACAGGUACAAUGUAAGCACAGAGAGCUGCUAUGGAGCUAUUUUGCAGCCACGGGUUUACACCCAACACAUUUUCCGCUCAAAACAAUGUUGUUGUUUUUGUUAGUUUUUCGUAGCUGUUCUAUUACUGGUUAUACUUUAUAUUCUGUAUUCUCAGGCUCAGUGUUCUGAAUUAAGUGUUCAUGAACUGCAUUCAAGUCCAUUCCAAGAUAAUCCCAGGCAGAUUAUAGCCAGGGCUCAUAAAAUAAAACUUUAUAGUACAGUAUGGGGAAUUUGUCUCAGUGCUUGUUACUCAAACACUUAAAAUAUACCACUAGGUGGCCCUUAAGUACCAAAUAUGCACCUCAGAUGUGCAAUACACUGGCUCAUUAUUACAGAAAAUAAAACGUAAAAAACAACAAACAACAAAAACAAGUUUAGAAAAUAGAGUAAUGAUGAUGAUGAUCAUGCAUAAAUGUGAACCUAAAGAGCAGUUAUUUUGUCAAAGUCUUUGCGUGUUUUAGCAGUAGUAUUAUUACAGACCUGCUAAUGCAAAAACACAUGGAAUCUCUUCUGUAUCAUUUAAUAUACCCGGGACUGAGGGUGAGAUUUCAGGGCUCCCUGAAAGAUAACAUGGCCCGGUGCCCAGGUCAAAUACUGGUCACAGGGAGACUAGAGAAUAGAUUUUAGUAGAUUGGGUCUUUAAAUAAAGAUACCAAAAAGAGGAUUAACAAAAAAUAUAUCCACCUGUCUCCUCAUCUCUCUUGUCAUAGCCACACGCAUGCACAAAUGGUAUUGUCUACUGUUCUCUAAAUCUUUGUUUCUGUUCAUGACCAUGUUCACAUCGUAAUUCACCAUCUCUUCAUGUUUCCUCCUCCCUCUCACCCUCCUCCCUCCCCUACUCUGACACAUGGCUAAGAUGUGCAGUGUAUCCUGGGCUGUCAGGGUGCAUCGAGGGCUGCUGGGCAGGAACAAAGACAGAUUAGAUUGAUCUGCUCGUGACCUUCUGUUAUGAAAGGAUUUAAGAGCAAAGAUUACAAACACACACACACAUACAGGAUACACACACAUUGCACGUUACAUGCUACACCAUACAUAUCCUUGUAAAUAUAUUUUAUUACAAAUGAAUGCAUGAAUUAUCAAAUCUAACUGUCUGGAUUAAUCAACUGUGUGUCUGAUUUCACAUCUUACAAUUCAAUGAAACAAAGCAUGCACCCCUUAAAACAACAGCUCUGAGCAAUCUCACAUGAAACUGAAAACAAACAUGUAUCUAAGUGAAGUGCAGCUUCCGAUACCAUUUUUACAUUAUGAUGACUCUUUACAUAAUAAGUCUACAGGCACACUGUGUGUGGUGGCUAUUCCAUUCCCAGUGCCCACACAGGCAAUGCAAGAAUCAAUGAUUGGGGAAUAUAGGGAUUUAGUCAGUUGGUGGCUGAGUAAAAUACAUUUUACAGGUGAACUCUUUCAUAGCUCAUAUAAAAACACAAAAGUGUAUACAGGUGUAGGGGUUCUGUAGAUCUGAUAUCUAAUUUUACAGUAAUACUAUUGGUCAACAACUCAGAUUCUGAAUCCAAACAACUCAGAUGUUAUAAAAGGUCUUAGAUUCGUUCUUUCUAUUUUUUGUUCCUGUGUUUCUUUCUUACUUUCUCACCGUGAGCUAAGUGCCAUGGCUCAAGCUAUGGUUUCUUUGUCUCUCUCUCUGACCAUGCCUAGUAUAAUGCUUGUUAAUGCUUUGUAACUUAAGCUUUAUGUCUUGUAUGUGAAUCCAUUCAUUUUAUAAAGUUUUUAAGUAAUA